GGCGGAACCGAUCGACCCUCUCCGGCUCCGACGCGUUUGGCCUGCGGGGUUAAGAGUCGGUCGCGCUCCACAGUGGGCAGUACCCCAGCUGCGCUUUGGGGAGAUGUGGGGCAGCGACCGCCUGGCCGGGUCGGCGGUCGACGGGGUGGCGGUGACUGUGGCUUUGACCAAUGCUCGUGACUGCUUCCUCCAUCUGCCGCGGCGCCUUGUGGCCCAGCUGCACCUGCUGCAGAAUCAAGCUAUAGAAGUCACCUGGGGUCUCCAGCCUGUAUUCUUGAGCUGGGUGGAAGGCAGGCAUUUUAAUGACCAAGGUGAAAAUGUGGCUGAAAUUAACAGACAAGUUGGUCAGAAACUUGGACUUUCAAAUGGGGGACAGGUAUUUCUCAAGCCGUGUUCCCAUGUGGUAUCUUGUCACGAAGUUGAAGUGGAACCCCUCUCAGCAGAUGAUUGGGAAAUACUGGAGCUGCAUGCCUCUUCUCUUGAACAGCAUCUUCUAGAUCAAAUUCGAAUAGUUUUUCCAAAAGCUGUUUUUCCUGUUUGGGUAGAUCAACAAACUUACAUAUUUAUCCAGAUUGUUGCACUCAUGCCAGCUGUUACAUAUGGAAGGCUAGAAGCUGAUACCAGACUCCUUAUUCAGCCAAAGACACGCCAAGCCAAAGCAGAGACAUUUACAAAGGCAGAUGCAUAUAGAAGAUCUCAUAGUUAUGAGGAAGACCAGAAAGGAAUGACAAAAGGAUUUCAAACCAAACAACUGCAGUCAAAUACUGUAGCCAUCACUGGGUCUAAUAAAGCAGACUCAGAUAACUUAUCCUUGAUACCAAGCUUAUGGACUACAAUCGGAAGCAUUUUUUCUUUUGGAUCUGAGAAGAAACAAGAGACUUCCUGGGGUUCAGCUGAAAUCAAUGCUUUCAAAAAUAUGCAGUCAGAGGUUGUUCCUCUGGACAAUAUUUUCAGAGUGUGCAAAUCUCAGCCUCCUAGUGUACAUAGCACACCAGCAACUUCUGUGUUUCAUAGACACUGUGCUGUUCAUGUAUUUCCAUGGGACCAGGAAUAUUUUGAUGUGGAGCCCAGCUUUACUGUGACCUAUGGAAAUCUAGUUAAGCUGCUUUCUCCAAAACAACAGCAAACUAAAACAAAGCAGAAGGUCCUGUCACCAGAAAAAGAAAAGCCGAUAUCAGAACCACUAGAUCAAAAACAGGUUAACUCAGAUCAUAGUCAAGAAACUGAAAAGCCCUGUGUGCUAAAGAUAGUCUGGAAUGGACUGGAGGAAUUGAAGAAUACCAUGAAAUACACCAAAAAUAUGGAAGCCCUCCAUCUUGGGAAAGUUUGGAUUCCAGAUGACCUGAGAAAGAGACUAAAUAUAGAAAUGCAUGCAGUAGUCAGAAUAACUCCAGUGGAAAUUACCCCUAAAAUUGCAAGAUCUCUAAAAUUACAACCUAGAGAGAACUUACCUAAAGAUACAAGUGAAGAACACAUAAAAACAGCCUUCUGUUUGUGGCUACAGCAGUCUGCUACCACUGUGCUUCCUUUGUUAAUAUCAGAAGAAGAAUUUAUUAAGUUGGAGAUUAAAGAUGAAUUGAAAGAGUUUUCUCUGCAUGUAGUCCACUGGGAAAAAGAAAAACAUAAAGAAAAAAAUAUUUUUCUGUUGAGUAGCAAUCUGCUGCAGAAGACCACACUCCAAGUCCUUCUAGAUCCUAUGAUAAGAGAAGAAAACAGUGAGGAAAUUGACUUUAUUCUACCUUUUUUAAAGCUGAACUCUUUGGGAGGUGUGAAUUCCAUAGGCAAAUCCUCCACGGAGCACGUCACACAUAGCCUCCUAGGGCGCCCUCUGUCCCGGCAGCUCAUAUCCCUGAUAGCUGGACUUAGGAAUGGAGCGCUUUUACUUACUGGAGGAAAGGGAAGUGGGAAAUCCACGUUAGCCAAAGCAGUCUGUAAAGAAGCCUGUGACACACUGGACGCGCAUGUGGAAAUAGUUGACUGUAAAGCUUUGAAAGGAAAAAGGCCUGACCACAUCCAGAGAGCCCUGGAGGCGACGUUCUCAGAGGCAGUGUGGAGGCAGCCCUCUGUGGUUCUGCUUGAUGACCUGGACCUCAUUGCUGGGACGCCCGCGGCCCCGGAGCAGGAGCACAGUCCUGAGACAGUGCAGAGCCUGCGGCUUGCACAUGCUGUGAGUGACAUGCUGAAGGACUUUAUUUCCAUGGGAAGUUUGGUUGCCCUGAUUGCUACAAGCCAGUUUACGCAUUCUCUGCAUCCUUUACUUGUUUCUGCUCAAGGAAUGCACAUGUUUCAGUGUGUCCAACACCUCCAACCUCCUAACAAGGAACAAAGGUAUGAAAUGUUGCAUCAUGUAAUAAAAAAUAAAUUGGACUGUGACAUAAGCAAGUUCACUGAUCUUGACCUGCAGCAUAUAGCCAAAGAAACAGAAGGAUUUGUGGCUCGAGAUUUUACGGUGCUCGUGGAUCGGGCCAUUCAUGCCUGUCUCUCUCAUCAGCACAUAUCGGCUAGAGAAGAAUUAGUAUUCACAACAUUGGACUUCCAAAAGGCUCUUGAAGGAUUUAUUCCUGCAUCUCUGCGAAAGGUCAACCUGCAUAAACCUAGAGACCUCGGUUGGGAUAAAAUUGGUGGACUGCAUGAAGUUCGGCAGAUACUCAUGGAUACAAUCCAGUUACCAGCCAAGUACCCAGAAUUGUUUGCAAACUUGCCCAUACGACAGAGAACAGGAAUACUGCUGUAUGGUCCUCCUGGAACAGGAAAAACCUUACUAGCUGGGGUAGUUGCUCGGGAGAGUGGAAUGAAUUUUAUUAGUGUCAAGGGGCCAGAGUUGCUCAGUAAAUACAUUGGAGCAAGUGAACAAGCUGUUCGAGACAUUUUCAUUAGAGCACAAGCUGCAAAGCCCUGCAUUCUUUUCUUUGAUGAAUUUGAGUCCAUUGCUCCUCGAAGAGGCCAUGACAACACAGGAGUCACAGACCGAGUAGUUAACCAGCUCCUGACUCAGUUGGAUGGCGUAGAAGGCUUACAGGGUGUUUAUGUCCUGGCUGCUACUAGUCGCCCUGACUUGAUUGACCCUGCCCUUCUCAGGCCUGGUCGACUAGAUAAAUGUGUAUACUGUCCUCCUCCUGAUCAGGGUUCGCGUCUGGAGAUCUUAAACGUCCUCAGUGACCCUCUGCCUCUGGCUGAUGAUGUGGACCUUCAGCACGUGGCCGCCGUGACCGACUCCUUCACCGGAGCGGAUCUGAAAGCUUUGCUCUACAACGCCCAGUUGGAGGCCUUACAUGCGAGGCUGCUCUGCAGCGGACUGCAGGACGGAAGUUACAGCUCUGACAGUGACCUAAGUCUGUCCUCCAUGGUCUUCCUUAACCACAGCAGUGGCUCUGAUGACUCAGCUGGAGAUGGAGAAAGCGGCUUAGAUCAGUCUCUUGUUUCCCUGGAGAUGUCAGAGAUCCUUCCAGAUGAAUCAAAAUUUAAUAUGUACCGGCUCUACUUUGGAAGCUCUUAUGAAUCAGAACUUGGAAACGGAACCUCUUCUGAUUUGAGCUCACAGUGCCUCUCGGCGCCCGGCUCCGCGACUCAGGACCUGCCCGCGCUUCCUGGCCGAGAGCCGCUGUUUGCGCAGCCGCCGGCGGCGCUCAGAACCGCUUCCCAAGAAGGCUGCCCCGAGCUCACGCCGGAGCGGCGGGACCAGCUGCGAGCCGACAUCAGCGUCAUCAAAGGCAGAUACCGCAGCCACAGUGGAGAGGAUGAAUCCCUUAACCAACCAGGACCAGUCAAAACCAGUCUGGCUAUUAGUCACUCACAUCUAAUGACUGCCCUUGGUCACACAAGACCGUCCAUUAGUGAAGAUGACUGGAAGAAUUUUGCCAAGCUGUAUGAAAGCUUUCAGAAUCCAAAGAAGAAAAAAAGUCAGAAUGGAACAGUGUUGCGGCCUGGGCAGAAAGUGACAUUAGCGUGACAUACACUUCUAAGGAUGUUUCCCUUUUUCUUGUUGUUGGCUUGUCCAGAUGUUAUAACAAUACAAAAAACCCACUGUCUAUAAAUUUCUUUUUAAUGUGACAAGUUUGUUUAAUCAUAAAAUCACAGAUUGGUAAAUGCUGUGAUUAUGUAAUGAUCAAGAUUACUUAGAUUAAUAUUGUUGAAUAAAUUGAGAUAUUUAUUACAGAUUCUGUAUUUUAUUUCUCAUAAAGUAUAUU